GAUCCGCUUCGAACCCCUCUCCCAAAUUCCUCGCCUUUCUUCUUCCUCUUCCUCCUGCUCUGUUCUGUUCUGGUUCUGGGUUUGAUCCUAUUUUUGAAGCUUUUUACUUGUUGAUUUGCAGAAUUGGAGCUAACCCAGUUGAAAUAUUGGUGAAAACUGAAGUGGGUUUGCUUUAGAUUUCAGAAACAAUGAGGGAAGAGGAUUCAAAUUGGUUCUCAAAAUGGGAAGAGGAGCUUCCUUCUCCUGAUGAAUUGAUGCCUCUUUCCCAAACCCUUAUCACCCCUGAUCUUGCUGUGGCAUUUGACAUCUCAAGCUCAAAUGCUGUCAUUGAUAAUAACAGCCAUCCGCCGCCGCCUCCUCCGGUUGUCGCUCAGCCGAGUUCUGCUGAUUUUGGGGAUUGUGGGGACCUGGGGUCCGGCGAGCCUGCGAGAACCCUGAAGCGGCCGCGCCUGGUCUGGACUCCACAGCUCCAUAAGCGAUUUGUCGAUGCCGUCGCCCAUUUGGGGAUAAAAAAUGCUGUCCCGAAAACCAUAAUGCAGUUGAUGAGCGUCGAUGGGUUAACUCGUGAAAACGUAGCUAGCCAUUUGCAGAAAUACCGUCUCUAUUUGAAGCGUAUGCAGGGGAUUUCCAGCGGCAGCGGUGGCAGUGGCGGUGCUAAUGGUGCCGCCACUUCAGAUCUCGCUACUGAUCAUUUGUUCGCCAGUUCCCCUGUUCCGCCUCAUUUUCUUCACUCUUCUCGGACUAAUUCCGACCAUUUCUUGCCGUUUGUACCCGUCGGAGCGCUGCAGCAGCACCACCACAUGGCUGCCGCCGCCGCCGCCGCUCAGUACCACCGGCAAGUGGCUCAAUUUGGGUCGCCGCCAAAUGGGCAAUUUGAGCGUCCGUUUUUGGCUCGGCCUAUUCACCGGCUUGGGGCUCCGGUGAGUAACCCGGCGACGAAUCACAUCGAAGAUUUGGAUUCGGGUAAUGCAACAGAAGGGAGGAAGGUUCUUACUCUUUUCCCCACCGGAAACGAUUAAAAUUUCUUUCAAACAGAAAUCCGGCUAGAGACCUCUGUUUCACCGGCGGUAAUGGCGUUUUUCCGAUCUCCAAAUCCCAGUAUUCCAAAACAGUUCGCCGCCGGCAGCCGGUUAAAGGUAAAAUCAAUUCUAUUUCCGAACGAGUAAAAUUGUACAAGACUCUGAAAACCGCCAUUGAAAUCCUCAAAACAGAGCUCGAGGAUUUUCAGCUCUGUUCAUCAUCAUCUUCAUCAAAUCCUCUGUUUUUUUCUUAAUCGAUGCAAAAUUAGUGAAUCAGAUCCAAAUAAAGUUCAUUUUUUACUCUUUUUAUUUGAAGAUUUGAUCGAGUUCGAUCUUUUUUCAAGGCAAUAAUCUUGAAAUCAAAGCACCAGAUUCCUUGA